CAAAUAGGUAAAUAAAUAUAUAUAUGUGCACAGACAGACACACGAAGCAGCUUACAUAUAAAGUGAUUGGUAAUUGCCACCCCCACACUUAUUGAGAAGUGCAGCCUUUUUAGCCUAAAAAAACAAACAAGAAUACAAAAAUGGCUGAACAACAACAACAAGAUCAUCACAAAGAGCUUCAGCUUUUGCCUUCUCCACCGUCGAGUGAAUCUUCUGUGGUAAGGAAACAACGACAAACACUUAUCACAACUGACCACCACCACCAACACAAUCGUUCCUCAUCCAUGAUCCACCACGAUCUUGACCUUAAACUCUCCAUCAGCCUCAGCUCUAUCACAACGGCGGAGGACGAGCAUCCAAGCGGUGGUGGUGGUGGUGUGGAGGCGCUGAAGUGGCAGGCGGCCGAGCAGAUAAAGCUGGCGGCGAUAGAGAAGGCUUACGCCGAGAGGGUUAGAGAGUUGACUCGCCGUGAGAUGGAGAUGGCUCAGUCUGAGUUUGCUCGUGCAAGGGUGAUGUGGCAGAAGGCGAGGGAGGAGGUGGAGAGAGCUGAGAGGUUGAAGGAGAGAUCAAUGACCAAGAUUGAUACGACGGCUUGCUUGGAGAUCACUUGCCACUCUUGCAGGCAAAGGUUUAGGCCUUAAUUUUUUUUUUUAAGUAUUUCUUUGUUUCUCUUUAAUUAUAUGGUAUUAUAAAUUGAAAUUUGAGAGAGAUGUAUUAAACUUUCAUUAGUUUGAGAAAAUAAUUUGAAAAAAUACAUUCUUUUGCUUUUCA